GGGCUUCCAGCGCCCCCGGGCGCCCCGCGCUUGCCUGGUGGAGCUUAGCGCAGCUCGCCCCGCCGGCGGGCGGGGCAGACACUGGGCUUCUGUGUGCAGCCGCAGCCGUGCGCUGGCGGGCGCCCAAGCCCGGGCCACGCCGCCGAGCCUGGCGGGACGCACGCUGAGCGCCGACUUUGGUGGCAGGCUCUGCCCGGAGCUGUCCCAGCAGACGCCGGCGUGGGGAGCCGGGGCGGACGCGCCGCGGGGUUGGGGCUGCUACUGCGCCUACGGGAGAUCCCCGGGCUCGGCCGGCCGGAGGAGGCAUGGCCUCGGCGUUCACGUGCGGCGUGGAGGACCUGCUGUUCAGCGGCAGCCGCUUCGUGUGGAACCUGACAGUGUCCACGCUGCGGAGAUGGUACACCGAGAGGCUGCGGGCGUGCCACCAGGUGCUGCGGACGUGGUGCGGGCUGCGGGACGUGUACCAGAUGACAGAAGGCAGACACUGCCAGGUGCACCUCCUGGAUGACAGGAGACUGGAGCUGCUGGUCCAGCCCAAACUUUUGUCAAGGGAAUUGCUGGACCUUGUGGCUUCACAUUUCAACCUGAAAGAAAAGGAGUAUUUUGGAAUAACGUUUAUAGAUGACACAGGUCAGCAGAACUGGCUGCAGUUAGAUCUCCGGGUUCUGGACCAUGACCUGCCCAAGAAGCCAGGACCAGCCAUCUUGCACUUCGCUGUCAGGUUCUACAUUGAAAGCAUAUCGUUUCUAAAGGAGAAAACCACCGUGGAGCUGUUUUUCCUGAAUGCAAAGACCUGCGUACACAAGGGUCAAAUCGAAGUGGACAGCGAGACCAUCUUCAAGCUAGCAGCUCUAAUUCUGCAGGAAGCCAAGGGAGAUCAUACCAGUGAUGAAAAUGCUAGGAAAGAUUUAAAGACACUGCCAGCCUUCCCAACCAAAACUCUCCAGGAGCACCCUUCCCUGGCAUACUGUGAGGACAGAGUGAUUGAGCAUUAUCUGAAACUCAAAGGCCUGACCCGAGGCCAGGCAGUGGUUCAGUAUAUGAAAAUAGUAGAAGCUCUGCCAACUUACGGAGUGCAUUACUAUGCAGUAAAGGAUAAACAAGGACUUCCUUGGUGGCUUGGCAUCAGCUAUAAAGGAAUUGGCCAGUAUGAUUUGCAAGAUAAGGUGAAGCCUCGGAAGUUAUUCCAAUGGAAGCAGCUGGAGAACUUAUAUUUUCGUGAGAAAAAAUUUGCUGUUGAGGUUCACGAUCCACGAAGGAUUUCAGUGUCUAGAAGAAGCUUCGGGCAGAGCGGCCUUUUUGUGCAAACCUGGUAUGCAAGCUCGUCCCUCAUCAAGUCCAUCUGGGUAAUGGCCAUCAGCCAGCAUCAGUUUUACCUGGACCGGAAGCAGAGCAAAGCAAAAAUUCCUUCAGCCAGGAGUUUAGACGAUAUCGCGAUGGAUCUGACAGAGACAGGAACGCAAAGGGUGUCUAAACUGGUGACGCUGGAGGGCAAAAGUCAGUUCAUCAUGGCCAGCAACGGCAGCUUAAUAUCCUCAGGUUCUCAAGACUCAGAAGUCAGUGAAGAGCAAAAGCGGGAGAAGAUCCUGGAGCUCAAGAAGAAGGAGAAAGCGUUACAAGAAAAACUCCUGAAAAAAGUCGAGGAGCUGAAGAAGAUCUGUCUGCGUGAGGCCGAGCUCACCGGCAAAAUGCCAAAGGAGUAUCCGCUCAAGGCCGGCGAGAAGCCCCCUCAGGUCAGGAGGCGCGUGGGGACCGCAUUCAAGUUAGAUGACAACUUGCUGCCAAGUGAAGAGGACCCAGCUUUGCAAGAACUGGAGAGCAAUUUUCUAAUACAGCAAAAGCUGGUGGAAGCUGCAAAGAAACUUGCCAGUGAGCCAGACCUUUGUAAAACUGUGAAGAAAAAACGAAAGCAAGAUUACAUGGAUGCAGUGAAAAAGCUCCAGGAGAUUGAAAAUGCAAUAAAUGAAUAUCGAAUUCGAUGUGGAAAGAAACCCAGCCAGAAAGCAGAGGACAUCAUCCCAUCAGAGAGUAGCUCCUUGUCUGACACCACCUAUGAUGAUGCCAGUGAAGCCUUCAGUCCUGCUGGGCAGCGACCAAAUUCAGUACCCCACUCUCCAAGAAUCCUCCCCCCCAAGUCUCUUGGUAUCGAGCGGAUCCAUUUCAGAAAGUCAUCCAUCAAUGAGCAGCUGGGGGACGCCAGGCACUCCAGAGAAAUGCUGUCAACACAUAGCAGCCCUUACAAAACCCUGGAGAGGCGGCCCCAAGGCGGACGGAGCAUGCCCACCACACCCAUCCUCACCCGCAACGCCUACAGCAGCAGCCACUUGGACCCAGAAUCUGCCUCUCAGCACUGCCGCCAGCGGAGUGGGAGCCUGGAGUCCCAGUCCCGCCUGCUCGCGGAGAUGGACGAGAAGCCAUUUUUCUCCCUGUCUAAAUCCCAAAGAAGCAGCAGCACCGAGGUCCUGGAUGACGGGUCUUCCUACACCAGCCAGUCCAGCACGGAGUACUACUGUGUGACCCCCACUGCCUCCGCCGCACCCUAUUACACCACACAGACUCUGGAUACACGUGCCAGAGGGCGCAGGAGGUCGAGGAAACAGAAUGUCGCUGCUUCCAAUUCAGGCAGCAUGCCUAACCUGGCACAGAAGGAGAGCGUGAGGAAUGGUGUUUACUCGAAGAGUCAGGAGCCAUCCUCUUGUGGUUACUAUAUCUCGGGGUAUGCGCCGUACGCAGAGUGUGACCUUUACUACAGUGGUGGCUACAUCUAUGAGAAUGACACAGAGGGACACUACAGUGUCAAUCCUUCCUACAGAUCCUCAGCUCACUAUGGAUACGACCGCCCAAGGGACUAUAGCAGAUCCUUCCAUGAGGAUGAGGUGGACCGCGUGCCCCAUAACCCAUAUGCAACUCUGCGGCUGCCCAGGAAGGCUACCGUGAAAUCUGAGCACAUCACCAAAAACAUCCACAAGGCCUUAGUUGCAGAGCACCUGCGUGGCUGGUACCAGCGGGCCUCUGGGCAGAAGGAUCAGGGGCACAGCCCACAGACUAGCUUUGACUCUGACAGAGGGUCCCAGCGAUGCCUAGGGUUUGCCGGUUUGCAGGUCCCCUGUUCUCCAAGCAGCAGAGCAUCCUCGUACUCUUCAGUGUCUUCUACAAAUGCUUCUGGGAACUGGAGGAGCCAAGUGACAGUAGCGCUGUCCGACUACGAGACUCCCGCACAUUCCCCUUACACCAGCUGCUACGGCAGCGUCUACAAUGCUUUGCCCUCUCCGAGCAGACCGUACACGGAGACCAGACACCUGGACAGCAGUGCAGAUGGAAGCCAGGUGGAGGAUGAGCUGGAGAGUAGUGAGCAGAGGCUCUUUUGGCAUGAAGAUUCAAAGCCUGGAACAUUAGUCUGAAGUGCAGUUGGACCUCCGGACCCCACGCUGCAUUCUUACACUGGUGUGCCUUGCAACACAUAUUCGUCUUCCGAGGAAGCUGUCACUUUAGGACCCUGACGGCAUCCAAGGCUGCCGAGACGACUCCCAUUGUCCAAAAAGGAACUGCACACUAAGCCCCAAGAGCCCCUGAAUGAGGACAUGCCUUCCAACUCCAGGCACUAACCUGACACCAAGGAACCCCUGUCAAGAGAGGGCUCAGUUUGAAGCCCUUAUCUGUAGCAAGCACUUUUGAGGGGAGUGGAAAUUGUCAAAGGCAAACCUCUGAACUGUGAAGGUGCAUUCAGGGAAGGUGUCCCAUGGAAAGAAGGAUGGGGGCAACUUCAGAGCACAAUUCAGUGAUGGCAGAAGGGGAGCCAGAAGCUCCUGAGUCACGGCUCACCCAACCAAGGUUGAAGUCGUGAGCUGGUGAAGAACGGCGUGCUUUUUCUACACAGACUUGGAUGAUUUAGACAGUAUUGGAAAAUUACUUGAAGAGAAGUCAGAUUUUCAUGAAGUUUUGAGUGAGUGUACAUGUUUUUAAGUGUACAUAUUAUAAAGAGUGAUGUUUUCCAUAAGCACCAUCAUGUGGGUUCUAAACGACUCACUGCUGUAGCAUCCCGUACUAUAACUUUAUGGUAGCAGAUUGGCAACAGUGAGGCAGCCCACUGAGUAAGGGACAGACUCUGCUGGGACUCUUCCAGGGUACCUUAUCCCUGAGCUCCUACUUUCUUUCUCCAUCUCUUGCAUGAUGAGCUGCUGCCCAGGCUGGUCACUCUCUGCCUUGGUUUCAUCUAGUAGAGUUGGUGGGGAAAGCCGUCAUAAUCUUGAUUUUGGAAAAGUAUUUUAAGGUGGUACAAAAAGGGGCCUACAACAGUACAAAGCCACAUCAUUAUAGAUGCAUUGUGUGCCUUACAAUGGUGAGCAUUAGAAAAUUAAACCUAUUUGUCUGGAUUCCACAAGUAGUUGUGAGUCAUCAAGUGACAAAAACAAGAUUAGAAUUAAAAGAAAAAA